UAUUUUGACGGGCAAGCUCCUGCCAUGAUGUAUUUUGUGCAGCUUGCGGUGCUUGCGCCAGUGAUUGCACUUGGAGAGGCAGGGGAGCCGAGUUGGGCUUCCUUGGACGAUGAAUGUGAAACUGAAGGAUGUGCGUUGCAAGCCCUGCAACGGGAAGGACUCAAGAAAGGCGAUGCUGAUUCAGCCUGGACUGAGGUGAUGUCUGCUCUAGUUCCUCGCAUCCAGAAGCUGGUCUUUGAGAACAACGAAUUAGCCGUGUCCAAGGAAAUGAGAGAUGCAAUGAAGGGCACAUGCCUAAAACUCGACGAGUACCGCACCAGUGACAAACCUUUCUCUGAUCACUGGCAAUGUGCUGCUGUAGACAAUGACAACUUUGGUGCCGGUGCCUAUUGUCCCAGUGAACGCGUGAUCGAAUCGCUCAGUGAGUAUGCCGGUAUUUCAAAGCGGACUUUCUCCAAAUUUCACUUGCGCUCCAACAACGAAAGUGAUACACUCUAUGGCAAAUGGUGUGGAAUGCCUGCACCUCCCGAGUACGAACAUCCCUAUGGUGGGCCUGUUGGCGCGCGCGUAUUCUGGGAGGACUGUGUCAUGCGAAACGCCGGCUACUUCAAUGCUUUGAUGUGUGAUACGAAGGACUCCUAUGCGGUGUUGGGUAUUGCUGCUUUGAACCAUGGAGUAUGUUAUCCAGCUCACCGACAUGACAACCAGGAAGCCUAUUGGCAAUUGAACGGUCCGGGUUGGUGGAGGACGUGGCCCGACAACUUUACCUCGGCGCCCAACCAAAAGCCAUAUUCUGAGAUUCGGAUGACAAGUCCAAAGGGUUCAUGGCGACUCCACAAUCAUCCAGGCGGACUCAUCCAUGAAAUGGACACCACCCAUGACGAUGACUUCCUGCUGGCAGUUUAUUGGUGGGGGAAACCCGUUGACACCGAGGUGAAUUAUGCUUACAGCCAUGCUGUCCAAGAGCAGGGCUCCUGUUUCGCAAGUUACCGCGCAGAACACAGCGACGUUGCUCACAGCUGCCCGGAAUUGGCACGCCCUCCUUGGGCCGUUUUCCGGAGAUGAGUUGCUCUGCUUUGUUCAACUUGGGACAGAUUUACAUAACACUCAUGCAACAGAUGUACAAUGAUGUAUAUAGAUGUAUCAUGAUGUAACAUAGGUACUUUUGGCGGCCUGCCGGUGCGGCCCCGGAUCUGGAUCCUCCUCUCACUUUUCGGGCAGCGCCGAAAGUCAAAGAGCUUUCUGCGCAGCGCAACAUCAACGCAACAUCCCAUGGCCGAACUUGCAAAA